AUUUACGUCAGAGGGUCAAAGUUGACGUUGGCCAUGUGUGUCUGUUGCUGCAUCUGCUGUAGAACAGUUUUGGUACAACUAUAGCUUGUGUUUUUUUUGUAAACAUUAUUAACACUGUCGGUUUUAAGUGUCGAACAGCAGAUUCUGUAUUAACCUUACAGAUUUUUGUAGGGUUAGUUCGAUUUGAAUAUCCGGUUCUGCUUUGCGUUCGCUUCCUCUGUUCGGCCGAGAUGUCAGUUCGCAUCUUUCAGCUGCAGUAUGUUCUCAGGCUGAUUUAACGUGACAUGUUUAAAGUCCGUCCGUUUGUGAGUGCCUUAUUUAACCACAGAGCGACUUUGGAGAGAAACGGUCUUUAUAAGCUAUUUUCCAUGAUGAGUGAUGGAGCCAAAGAUGAGCCAGCAACCAAGCUUCCGAAAAGACCUAAUGAGGAAAAUGAAGAUGAGAGCGUGCAGACCACAAAAAGAAUAAAAGUGGAUGUGGAACACACUGAAGAUGAGAAGAAAUACCCUAAAAAGAAGGUGGUCCUCCUUAUGGCCUACUCUGGAAAAGGCUACUAUGGCAUGCAGAGAAAUACUGGAACAUCUCAGUUUAGAACCAUUGAAGAUGAGCUGGUUACUGCGCUCAUAAAAUCUGGCUGCAUUCCUGAAAACCAUGGUGAUGACAUGAAGAAGAUGUCUUUCCAAAGAUGUGCCAGAACAGAUAAGGGUGUGUCUGCAGCGGGCCAAGUGGUGUCUCUAAAAUUACGUUUGAUUGAAGACAUUGUUGAAAGAAUCAAUGAGCAUCUGCCGCCACAGAUCAAAGUGCUUGGAUUCAAACGGGUUACCCAGGGUUUCAAUUCCAAAAACAACUGUGAUGCACGCACAUACUCCUAUAUGCUUCCAACAGUGGCCUUUUCCCCAAAAGACUAUGAUACAAGCAAUAUAGCAGCCUUUCGCUUGGAACCAGAGUCACUUCAGAGGGCAAACCGCCUGUUUUCUCUUUACAAAGGUACCCAUAACUUCCAUAACUUUACCUCUCAGAAGGCUCCAAAUGACCCCAGUGCUCGUCGCUACAUCACCGAGAUGUCAUGUGGAGAGCCGUUUAUCCGCAGCGAUACCGAGUUUGCUGUGAUCACAGUGCGAGGCCAGAGUUUUAUGAUGCACCAGAUUCGCAAGAUGAUCGGCCUCGUGAUUGCAGUGGUCAAAGGUUAUGCGAAGGAGGAGGUGAUGGAGCGGAGCUGGGGACAGGACAAGGUGGAUAUUCCCAAAGCUCCGGGACUUGGGCUGGUCCUAGAAAGGGUUCACUUUGACCGAUACAACAAGCGUUUCGGGGGUGAUGGGCUGCAUGAGCGCCUGGAGUGGGACCAUAAAGCAGAGGCCAUCAUGGCCUUUAAGGAGGAUCACAUUUACCCAACCAUAGUUGAGACAGAAUGUCAGGAAGGCUCAAUGGUCAGCUGGAUGUCCACACUUCCUAUCCAUGACUUUGACGCCACAGCUUCUAUUACACAAGAGAGUAAAGACCUGAAACAGGACAAAGAAGAUGAAUCCGAUUAGGUUGCUCUUCCUCCUUUAUGACAAUAUCUUUUUUUAAAUAUGUCUUCUUCUUCUUUUUGUUUUGAACUAAAUUUUGAUUUUGCUGUGAAAGUUUAGCUUUCGUGAUAACUAUUUUUUAGUAGAGGGAAUUUGUUGCUGGUAUGCAACAAUUGUUAUUAAACAUGAGCACCAAUACAGUAAAAAGCUUCUGUUCUUUACCAAUAAAAAUAUUAUUAAAAUAA